UUUUGUAGUUAUUGUUGCAUAAGCCAUACCAGCUAGCUGCGCUUCACUGUGGCCUAUCAUCACGGUCUGGUCAUCCACAACCAUUACCACGAUGUCCUCCCACGAGGAGAAGAAGCGGCCACCGCCCAUCAAGAUCCCGCCUCCACAGGCUGGUCGUAUGCCCGGCCCCAACGCGUUUGCUGUGGCUAGCUACCUACAGCAAGAUGAAGCCGACAAGCAGUCCAAGCCGCGUCCGGCGAGCUCGGGUCAGCCAACGUCGUCCUUGGGAGGCUCGGAACCGCUCCAUCCAACGCUAAAGCUCGGCGGCUCCAAUUCAAUGCCUACCUCUGCGAUGACAGCCAUCUCGGAGAUCCUCGAAGCAGCCCGUGGGAUUUCGCCCCAAAAGUCGGACUCCCACGCGUCGGUCACGAGCCGUCACGGGUCUACGGCGGGGUCGCGGCAUUCCAACAAGAGUACCAAGAGUCACGGCAGCGCUGGCUCGAGUAGGCACACCCCCUGGGAGACGAGCAGGAGUAGCGGGCACAUGCCGUCGAGCGGAAAUAGUGAAGCCCAAGAUCACAGAAGCGGCAUGUCGAAGAUUGAAGAGGAGAAGACAGUCCGAGCCGAUAUUGAGGAUCGAGCUGACAAGAAGUAUCUCAAAAUAAUGGGUCAAGGUUCCAAAGGUACACGUUUACAAACAGGUUUGCGUAAGGUCACGUUUGCUAAGCUGCCAGAACGAGGGGACUCUUCCGUUCAUGUGGAGAGGGCCGGACAUUAUAGACAUGGUAGAACGGAGAGUUUCGACAAAAAGAACGAGUUGACUAAGAGCCCCAAGAAGAAACUCUUUGGCAUGAGCAUGCCCUCUUUCGGCAGAUCUGGCUCCUCCUCCACUGUUUCCUCUGCUCCUCCGAUGCCGGCCAAGGCUGCUGAGAUCCUAGGGACUGUGAGCACUGUCAACAAACGACGCGACGUUCCGUCUCAGCCCUGGAGGCCACCGCCACGUUCCGACACGUCCAGAUCGCUCCCGGCGACGCUGCAAGACAACCAUAGUCAAAGCCGUCGGCCUCAUGAUAGCAGUAGCCCAUCGAGGUCUCGCGACCAGACGCCUAAUCCUAAGGCGAAAACAGUCAACAAAACACCUGCUCAGCGACUUCAAGAAACUCGUCAAUUGAAAUCCGGCUCCCCUGAUCAAGGAAUGCCUCCGACUCCACCAGAGAAGGACACGCCUCGCGACACCAAUCGAACGACAUACGUUACAGUCAGUCGGAGGUCAGCAGGCGGAGAAGAAAGUCCUGUGCAAAUGCCAAUCUUCAGGAGGUCCACCAAACGCGGAUCCACCCAGAGCGCCCCGAGUGCUACCAAGUUCCACUCCGGUACCGCGGAAGAGUAUGCCAAACUAGUUCAACAGCCCCGCGUGCUCUCUACUCACUUGGAGGUCGACACUGCUGCAGUUGAGCUUGAAGGUAGCGGCCCGCAUCCGCUGUUCAAGAGCAACGAUGCGGAGCAGCAAGAGAGAUACCCGCAGUGGUGGAUGGAAGAGCGGGAGAAGCACUUUGCCAACGCUGAGGGUGAGCUGCCUCCCCUGCCGCCUAGGUUUUAUUCUCCUUCCAGCUAUGCCCAGAGCUUGUUUGAAGGUGGUCGUCCUUCUCAAAAUGAGGACCCCAACCGUUAUCUCUUCACCAUUCCCUCAAGGCGCAGAAGCCUCUCUGGCAACAGUGAUCCCGAGCACGGCUCCAUCCCUAUCAUAUUCCAGGGUAACCUUAGCGAGAUCGAUCCAGCUUCGAACACCGCGCACGCAAUCAACGCGGCCAUUGACCUAGAACGCCACUCCGUCAUGUCCUCUGGCGGCACUGGCUUCGAAAGCAGACGACCGGAUAUAUCGAAUGCACUACGCGGGAUCGUCUUCGGCCAGCGACAGGACGAGGGCGAAGGCGAUCGAGAGCGAGAUAGAGAACACCCGAAUUUGGAACCGGAACAAUCGUCAUCCAGGUUGACCACCAUUCUUGCUGGGGUGAGCGCUUCGAAGACCGACUACAAGACGCAGGACUUCCGAGCCAGUUGCGCCAGCGCUGUGCCCAGCCCAUUGCGUGCAGGCUCAGAUAUGUCGCGUAUGAAUUCUGGGGACUCUGGUCAGCAUGUGCCUUCCAUCGCCAAUCCACCUACAGGUCCAUCACGUCCAGAUGUUCCUUCAGGAUCUUCCGGUCCGGCAGGUCGUCCAGGUCAUGCAGGCAAUCCAAGCCCUCCGCAUCCUGCAGGCCCUCCUGGUCUUCCGGGUUCUUCAGGUCAUGGUUUUCUUCCAGGUCAUCCAACUGGAGGUGCUCAUCUAGCUCCGCCGGGUCCUGCCGGCCCUUGGGGUCCGCGUCAACUUCCCCGUGAUUCUGGCAUCGACAUUCUCAAUCAAUUCUACUUGUGUCAUUCCCACAUGUAUGAGCUUGGAGGUAUGUUCUUCAAAGAGAUCAAUGACUGCAGGUCCGAAGCACGAGCUGCGGCCAGCCAUGCGGAGGACAAGCAGAGCGAGCUCCAAUCCAGGCUGGACGAACGCUUGGAGCAUAUCAAGUCUGCCGUUACUGCUGUGGACCAACGGAUCUCAGCUUUCACAGAUCGUGUCGCCUCGGAGGGCCAGGCUGUCAAUCAAAAACUCGACGGAGUGCUGGGAUACCUCAAGGAUGAAGUCGUCGACCGUGUCCCGCAACAGGACAAAAAGUAUCGUGACCUCGAGGACAAUGUCAAGAGCUUGCAAAGCAUGGUGCAGGAGCUGCAGAAACUCAUCAUCACUUCUCAGACGCAGCAGGACAGAUUCUCGUCACCCUCGCCUCAGCGGGCUCACCAGCUUCUCACGGGUUAUCAGGAGCCGGGCAGGGACGCGGAUGGAAGCUUCUAUCACCAGAGGGCCAUGGCGGCCGCCUCUGCGGCGCAACUGGGGCAUCAUGUCGCAAGCCCGUAUGGCUAUGUUCCCAUGCCCGGUACCAACCUUCCGGUCCUCGGCAGCAGCGGUUUGCAUGUCCACCAAGCUUCAACGACAAGCCGCGAUGGCGACGAAGAACCCAACCCAGCGUACCUCCCCCAGUACCCCUUACAAGACUCGUUGCUGGGGCGCAAUGGCAACACGUAUCCAAUGGGGAAUGCUGCCAACUCCUUUCCGCACCAGACGAACUCGGGCUACGGUCACCAUUCUGGAGGCUCGAAAUGAGAACACUUGGAGGAUAUGCGGCGUUUGGCUAGGUGAGCGUAAUGGGCCGGACGCUUUGUAUAACCGUGUGCGAGUACGAUAUCAAGGCGAUUGCUACGAUCAGGCUACUUGUGCGUAGCCUUUCUUGUGUGUGGAAUUCUCAGGUGCUCUAAUCAUUCGCUCC